ACUUUUCUGUCAAAUGUGUCCUCCCCUUCCCACUCCACUUCUCCCUUCCCUUUUGUAAGUCAAUCAAACACCAAUCAAAUCAAAUGUUGUGUAUCAAUAUUAAUAAAAAUCAACUUACUUGUUAAUAUUUUAAUAUUGGCCAAGGUUUGGUGUGUUGUGCUUUUUCGUCAAAGAUCAUGAUAUAAAAUUUAAGCUUUAGGCUAUAGAAAAUGAUGAAAGCAACAGGUUUAGGUUCUCAUCGACCGCUCUCGGGGCAGCUAUACAAGUAUACCAACGUCGUUAAGGGAUGGCAGCAGCGAUGGUUUGCGGUGGAUCCGGAGACUGGAGUACUUUCUUAUUAUCUAUUCGAUGGUCCUGGUGAUACAAUCCAGCCAGGACAGCCGGCGCGAGGGGAGGCACAUUUAGCUGCAGCAGUAAUAUGUCCGAGCGACGAGGAUUCUCGUACGUUCACCAUAAACUGUGCAUCAGGAGACAUGUUGAAGCUGCGUGCCACUGAUGCUAGAGCACGGCAGGAGUGGGUUAAUGGCCUAAGAGCUAUAGCUGAGAUACAUACUAAAGCGAUGGGCGCCAACCCGCCGCUACAACCGCGCGAGCAGCUGGCGGUGCACGACGCCAUGGCCUCCGCACGACAGCAGCUGCAAGCCACCGAACUCAGUGACGCUGCUCUGGCCAGGUGUAUUGAAUCAUCGGAUUCACCGUUUCCUCAUACAGAUCCCGAUCUCUUACUCUUAAAGGCGACGUCUGCUGCAAGCAUGCAGUGCCUGCUGCAGUGUCUGGGCAUCCUGCACCGUCAGCAGCAAUGUGCCACACUCAGCGGCAAGCACGCUGACAACGACCACUGAUUGCUCCGCUAUCCUCUAUAUGGACAGGCUAUAAGCCAUCUUAUUUUGUGCCUAUUUGAUUUUCGCCAUUUAAGCACUAACUGUUACGAUGAGGAUUUGAACAACAAUAGAGAAGAAUUUAGAUAGAAUUAAUUGUCAGUACUUAGCAUAAAAAUAAUUAUAGGUGUGUUAAAGUCGGAAUAAACCGAAAGCUGUCGUUUUCCAGCUGCGACUUAUAGAGAUUUGUGUUCUGUCUGUGCUGUGCCACUGCCCUGACCACAGACAAUGUCUAUGCUAUGUAUACUCUAUGGUGUGAGUGAGUUUUCUUGUCUAUGGUGAUAAAAUGUCGUUCUUUUUAUGUAUAAAAUUUUGUUUUCUUUGUUAUUAAAUAUUUUAAGUAUUCAAGAUAAAUGUAACUAGUAUAUGAAUAUAUUCGAUAAAUCGUUGGUUUCUGAGAACAAUAUCUUUUAUAUAGAGACUUUGGUCUCAAAAACCUUCGAUAAAUAAAUCGGCGGUCAUUUGGAUAUUGUAAAUUAACAAAGACCAUAAAGACUUAUAUAAAAAUAUAUAUAUUAUUUUUUCAUUAUCCCGUCUUGGAUUUUAAUUCUAUCUCAUUUAAAGCAUCAAUCAUACCUUUUCCUUAUACUGUCUUAAUUUUAAUGUAUAAUAAUUAUAGCCGUGGGAUUCCACUGUCAAAGUUGUCAAAAUAUACAAUCGCACUUAGAU